AUGAUACAAAUAAACACGUUGGGAAUUUUUCUAGAAUUAUGUGCGAAAUCGGUGUUGAACGACCAAACACAGUCUGGCACACCUGAACGCAGCGUGUUUGGGUCCAUACUACUGUCGUCAAACUUGGAUAUGAAAGAAAAGAAAGCCUUGCUUAACGAAUACAUCACCGCAGGAAUAAAAACAUUCGGAAAUACCCUGGUGUUUUUAUUGUACCUGAUUGCCAAACAUCCGGAAGUACAGGAAAAGUUAAACAACGAGAUAUCACGGUUGGCUCCGGCAGUCCGGCAGGUACACCAGCAUUACCAAUAA